AUAGGUGUGACAAGUGACGAUGGGAGAUAACGAAUAAUGGACAAUCACUGCGUUUGCAUUAUACCUUGAUAACUCAUUCCAUUCCAAAGUUUAAAAAAUAAAAAAUCAUGUAUAAAUAAACUUCAGUUAGACUUUUCACUUUGUAGUAUCACAGUAAACAUGAUUUGUAAAAAAAAGUGUAAACUCAUGCUUAGAUCUGCUUAGAUCUUAUAUAACACGUUUUUUUUUAAAUAAAAUCCAAAAAAUACCGAUUAAUCGAUCAUUCAUUCAUGUGAUUUAGCAGCACCCCUGGGCCUUGGUAGCAACAGUCGUCCGUUUGAGUUGAGAAACGUGCGUUACUUUUCUUAGUCUCUUCUAGCUCAUCAGCUAGCUGCUAGCCCUUUUGUCAUCCAUUGUUUUUGUUAAUCAAUUAAUAGGUUUUUCAAUCAAAUAGUAUUUUAAAUAAAAAUUAACAAGAAUGCAGGAAACAAUCAAACUGAACAAUGGAACAGAAAUGCCUUUACUAGGACUUGGUACUUGGAAGUCUGUCCCUGGAGAAGUAGAGAAAGCAGUGCAAGAUGCAAUUACUAUUGGAUAUCGUCAUAUAGACUGUGCGAUGGUCUAUGAGAAUGAACAUGAAGUAGGAGUUGCAUUACAUAAUGUAAUAACAAGUGGAAUUGUUAAGCGGGAAGACCUGUACAUUGUUAGCAAGCUCUGGAAUUCCCACCACAGACCAGAUUUGGUGGAAGCUGGGCUACGUGAAUCCCUGAAACAACUUCAACUUGAUUAUUUGGAUUUGUAUCUCAUUCAUUCCCCGAUGUCAUUCAAAGAAAAUUCUGGUUUAAAUCCAGUAGAUGAAAAUGGAAAGCUAAUUUACUCCCAUGUGGAUUAUGUCGAAACAUGGAGGGCAAUGGAGGCUUGCGUACGAAGUGGACUCACUCGUUCAAUUGGUCUCUCUAAUUUUAACAGUUACCAGUUGCAGCGAAUCUGUGACAUUUGCACGAUUAAACCGGUUACAAAUCAGGUGGAAUGUCACCCUUAUUUAAAUCAAGAAAAACUGCUGGAUUAUUGUGCAAAGAGACACAUUGUUUUAACCGCGUAUAGUCCGCUUGGUUCACCUGAUCGUCCUUGGGCAAAACCUGGAGAUCCUUCUUUGUUGCAAGAUCCUGCUGUGCUAGAAAUUGCCAAGAAACACGGUAAAUCACCGGCUCAAGUUCUAAUUCGCUAUCAGAUUGAACGUGGAAUUGCUGUUAUACCGAAAUCCGUUUCAAGGGCCAGGAUCGAAGAAAACUUUAACGUUGGUAGUUUCCGUCUGUCGGAAGAAGAUAUGGUCAAACUGAAUUCCCUAGAUUGCAACGAAAGAUACCUUCAUCACGAGUGGGUUGCAGAUCACCCCUACUUUCCUUUCGCUAUUGAAUUUUAAUGGAGUCAUCACAAGUACCCCAACUAAUGUAAGGGUUUAUAUAGGCACUAUGUAUGUAAAGGCUGCAUUCAUAAAUUGGUGAAAGGUA